UUUUUACAAAAUAACCUUCAGUGAUAAAGCAUUAGCAGAUGGAUGGAUGGCAACGAUAUGACAUUUCGACACGUCCCAACAUCAAAGACAAGCUAUUUUUGGGGAUUGACAGAGAGAGAACCAUGUAGAAGUACAAUAACAUCACCCUGGUGAAGACCAGCUUCAUAACCACAUAGGUUAUUUCUCUUAAUCUAUAAUUAAGAGAAACUCCCAGAAAUAUGCAUGUUUUGAGUCCUCCGUGACUUUUCUACAUACCUUGUUUCACUGCAGUUUUUCAUCUGGCCUUUGAUAUCCAGCAAAAGAAUGAAUUAUUCAGUUUUCUGCUCACUUCAAAGCCCAUGUUUUGAGUUGGGGAAUUGCCGCGUGCUUUCAGUGUUGUCUUCCCACUAUUAUACGAUCAUGGCCUGGAGUGGUCGCCUUCCUAUGGCCAGGGUACAACGGUCAGUGUCAGUGAUGCUACUACUGCUACUCUACUCACACGAGUUGUCCUCGACCCCUGCCCGGCAUCUGUGUGGUUCUCAACUGGUGGAUGCUCUCUACUCAGUAUGUGGAGAAAGGGGCUUUUUCUACGGUCCCAGUCGACUCUACAAGCGAGAUUUGGAACAUCUGCUCGGGUUCCUGUCAAAAAGAUCCAGACAAGAGCAGAGCCUGUGGAGGGGUCUGUCUGGUCACAAUGAGCCCAAGGUGAAGAGAGGCAUCGUGGAGCAGUGCUGCAAUAAGCCUUGCAGCAUUAACCACCUGGAGGGUUACUGCAACUGAUGAGCCACCCCACAACUGCGAAACAAUCAUAGCUUGUAAAAAGGUCCCGAAGUCAAUUUCUGGCACAAUAUUUGCUGGCUAUGUCUUAUCAAAUGAAGGAAAUAAAGCUUCAUGACCCAUAACCCAAAGCUCCGCUCUGCAAGAUGUCAAUGUGUUCUUUGUAGCUGGUACAUGCGGUGAAUGAAACAUGGGUUACCUCAGCCCUUUGCUGUCCCACA